UUACUACUCUAUUAGCAGUAUUGUGCUUGUUUAGUUAGUUGCCUCACCGGUCAUUGCUCGACACAUAGCGUCCGUCAUCGGAUAGUUAAAAAUGCGACCAAUUAAUCUAGGACAGUCUCAAACAAGCAGACAAUUGUUGGGGACAAAUCCAGCUAAACUACUCUUGGAGUUGGAGAUGUAUAUACAUCGACGACCUAGGAUAACCUGGUGUAAGUGUAACCCGAUCGAGUAGUUGUAAAACGCGCGAAUCAUUGCAUUGCUGGUUGCCAACUGAUGCCACUCUAGUCUUAGAAAUACAGAAGAUAGAGCCAGGAUGAGCAUCUAGUUAUUGUGGUAGUAGGAACCAGGUAAAUCAACUCCCCGCGUUCGUCAACGACUCCUCGGCCUCCAUAUCCUACCUCAAACAAACCCGAGAUAAUCGAGCAGGUGGUCGAUCUUCACUGCCGCGGGUUGGUUAAGGUUCCGGUUCCGCCAUGGCGACAGCGUUCAAGGCGUUCUUGAACAGCCCCGUCGGCCCCAAGACCACACACUUCUGGGGACCCGUCAGCAACUGGGGAUUCAUCCUCGCGGGUAUGGCUGACAUGAACAAGCCACCUGAAAUGAUAUCCGGCAGGAUGACAGCAGUCAUGUGUGUGUAUUCUGGCCUCUUUAUGAGGUUUUCAUGGGUGGUGGUGCCCCGGAACAUCUUUCUUUUGGCGACCCAUGCCUCCAACGAAAGCGUUCAGCUCUAUCAGUUAUCUCGCUAUGCUAGGGCUCAAGGGUAUCUACAGAAGAAAGAGCCGGAGGCACAACAGUAACGAUGGUUUGGCCAGGAAAGCCAUUGCAGCCAUUCGGUCAAAAAAAAAAGCCAUUGCAGCCACUCACUAAAUAAGGAAAAUUGGCCCCGGAAUCUUUGCUUUUGACGCAAGUCUCUGAAGCUCUGUAAUGUUCUACAAGUCGUAUGGUUUCUGUAUCAGAUCGCAUGAACAGAAUCUGAUACGGCAACCUCUAUGACGAUAUACCCGUGUAGACUUAAGAACUUCUGUCAGAAGACUCAGAACUCAUUUGCUCUGCGGAAAAAAUGCAUUAAAACACAUGGCCUACUUUCAGUGCACAUGUCUGGACUGCAGGAUCCUUCUAAACCAUUGAGCCCAUCAUUGCUGUUUGAGUUUUUUUUGGAUCAACAGGCUAUGAUAUACGCCCUGCUCCAAUUUUCAUUGGAAACUGAAACAACAUUCAACUUUGCUGGUUGA